CACUGUUGGUAAUGCAUUGUUUGUGUGGAGCUGCAGGGCCGUCGCCUCUUCUUAGCCAGCGAUCAUACUGACCUGCACUCCUGCCCAGGUCUGUGCUAUCUCUCCUUCCCCUGUCUCCUUCCCUUGUGCAAAGUGUGGGCAGCAUGCUUCUUUCCCUUCUGUUCUCUAUAAGCCACACAAGCUGGAGCAGGAGUCAUCCUCCCUGUCCACAGGUGCAGGUGUUGGACAUCUUGGUAAAAGUGCUACUUGGGACACAUGCAGGCCCUACCAGGACACCCACGUUGACGUCAAAACUCCAUUUCCGGUUCCAGUUUCCUGUGAAUGUAUACCCUGAAAAGCAUACAUGGCAGCCCCCGGCAGGAUGUUCAUUGUGCCAGCGGCCUUGGAAGAGGCUCUUUUUCAGCACUUCAUGUGUCAGAAGAUGGAGAUCGCCUAUGCCAUCCACAAGCCGUUUCCGUUCUUCGAGGGCCUCCGGGACAACUCCUUCAUCACUGACAGAGUGCUUGCGGACUCGGUGGAGGAGUGUCGUCGUUUGGUCCCUGUAAGCAGAGUGGUGUAUGACGUUCUUACCAGGCUGGAGCAGACAUUCACCCCAGCAUUGCUGGGCACCUUGUUCAGCCACAUCAACCUGUGUGAAUACCCCAGGCUGGCAGCAGUUCUCACGAGCUUCAGGAGAGUCUGUACUUCCUAUGGAGAGUGGCACCCACGCCCAGCAAUCCCGCUGGAAGCCCCACCUGGCCCCACUGAAGGGAGUUGCCCCCAGACCCUGCUGCUGCCCCUGCCACAGCCGCCUCCUCAGGGCCAGCUGCCCAGUGCCAGCAGAGUUGGUGACCUUGGAGUGUCCUCGCCCAGCUCUUCGGACACUUCUGUGCUUCAGCCUGUGCACAUCUUGGAAGGAAGGAAAAAGCCAGUGACCAACGCCAACUUAAUAUCUGAAAGAGAUGAGCAGGAAGACCCCCAAAGGCUGCCCAGCCCUCCUUUGGACACUGCCCAAGUGAAAAGAGAGGAUUCUCCAGAGCCAGAUGACCCAGAAGAUUCCCAGGAGGUCCCAUGCCCAUCUCCCAGGAAAGGAACUAAGAAGAAAAGGAGUAUCUGGUCAACUCCAAAAAAGCGACGUCAGAAAAAAAGACUCCCAAGAGGCGCUGUCUCAUCUGGGCAUGGAAUGCAAAAGAAGCUGGAGCAGGUGGCUAGAAGGCAAGGGGAUCCAAUCCAAAACUCAGGGGUGAUGACAAGGAACAAGAAGGCAAAAAUGAACUGUACCCGGGUGUCCAGACUGGAGGAAAAGAAACAGAAAGCGAACACUCGUGCACGUUCAAAAAGGAUCCAGAAAAAUAUUCUCCAGAGAGAAAACCAUGAGGAUGACACCGUGGACUUUCGCUGUCCAAAGCUUCCUGUGACCUGUGGAAAGGCUAAGGGGAUUUUAUACAAAAAGAAAAUGAGACAAGGCUCCUUGGAGAAGUGUAUUCAGAAUGGAAAAGGUGCCUGGUUCACCCCAAGUGAAUUUGCAGCAGAAGGGAAACGAGGAGGCAAGAACUGGAAACGGGACAUCCGCUGUGGAGAAAAGUCCCUCAGAGAGCUGCUGGAGGAAGGACUGCUGCUCUGUCCUCCAGGCAGAUGUCUCAAGAGAGGGGGAAGGGCAGGUGAGUUUCUGCCACAUUUGUCUGAAGGCCUCAGAGUCCCCAAGUUAACCAGCUCCAAGUAACUUCCACAUCCUGGCAGGACAUCAUCAUUGCGACUGCUGAGCAUAGGAUUCCACAGCUUAUCUUAAAUGGCUAAGAACAGGUUUUUCCAAAAUGAAAAAUUAGAACACAAA